AUGGGUGCUGGGUGGGAGGUGAUGCAGUCGCAGGAAGGAAAUGGCGACAACAGGAAGGAAAAAGGGCUAGGAUACCUCGGCGAACGAAUUCAAAGUCAGCCCUCACAAGCCCCCCGAGAGUCGGCUCACCGGAGGAAGACAGCCCCGCACAUCGGACCGGCCCCACAGCGGAUGCCCUCUCCGGCCAUCACUGCUAUCGUCCAGAGUGGGUUCGUUCCAAAGCCACUCACCGCCGCCGACCUCAGACAUUUCCGCACAUGCUCAUGA